CAAACCCUGGUCUCCUCCUUGGAGUCGAUUUACCACGGUACUCAAUCUGGAGAUGUUCAAUCUCUGAGAACUUUGCCAUUCAGUCCUCGUCGAUAUCCCGAAGAACAUCUUGAGCAAGGUUGUCAACGCUGCUAUGGAAAUGGUCACCGCUAUUGGACUUGUCAUCCUCUUUGGAAUGUUGGUGGUUGUCCUCUUGGGCUUCAUCGUCCCCGACGCUAUCUGGGUGUGUUUCUGUCGGCCGUUGUCCAGAACCACGCUAAUUCGAGAACAGAACUAUUUCUGGCCGGCAAAACCUUCCGACGACAAAUCACGUAUGGGAAAGCAAAAUGAAGACGAGAGAAAGCUUGCGACGGAGCGGGGAUAUUCCGAUGCCCAUCGUCGGGUCUUGUCUGAUGCGAUCUCUGAGUUAGAUCUGCCCUCAGAAAAGGUUGAUCAUGUCAAGUCCACUAUGACUAAUGAUAGCAAGGGAAACGAGACAGCCACAAAGACUGGCGUGGACAAGGUUGGAGAGAAGAAGGUUACUUGAGGUACUUCGUAUCAGCAGAAAGCGAAGUCAAAGUGUGUUAUUCUUAGGUAGUGGUCAUAGAGCAACGACCAAAAAUAAAAUGAAUGAAAUGAAGCGAAUGAAUACCUACACAGCCUAACGGUACUCAUCAGGAGGACUGAGUGGUGUGUAAGGUCUCUC